AUGCUUGCCUCCAUUGCCUUCACUCUUUCCACCCUCGCUCUUGCUGUCUCCGCAGCUCCUGCUCGCCGCACCACUGGCACUGUUCAAGUUCAGUUUGCCAACGAUGUCACUGGAGCAAACGGCAACGCCUUCAUCCCUCUUGAUGGAUCCAACGUUGUCCUUGGAGAGGCCUACGCCAACACCAACCUAGAGAAGGAUGGCACUCUCUUUGUCACCAGCCUGGAGUUCACCGCCGACUUCAGCAAUGUGCAGUGUGUUGUCUUGAAGGACUUGGAAACCGUGGUUGCCAGCCUCGCCGACCCAGAGCGAGACUUCCAGACCUUCUCCCAGAAGCCCUUGAAUUGGCAGGCUGGUUUCACUAUCGCCUGCAACCAGGCUGCUUAG